AAUGUUAACGUUCGCUUGUAUAGUGGUAAUAAUUUAAAUUCAUUCAAAUUGGUAUAUCGUAAUCCAAAGAUUAAGAUUGAUUUUUCUAAACAAUCUCAUAUGGUUCUAAAAAGAAGUUUAAAUAAAGAUGCUAAUGCUGCAGAAAAAUCCGCUGAGACAGCGUUAGAGGAUGGUAAUUAUCAGAAACCGAAAAAAAAGUCUCCUGCUGAUGGUGAUGAAAAGAAGAAACGAUCAGGUAUAUUUUCUCAUGUUGUGGAUAGUGCAUUGGCAACCAUAGCAGGAUUAGUAGCUAUUGGCUUUGGUGGUGUAGUUUAUCAUGCAUGGUACGAAUGGAACGAAGUUCAUAAAGUAGAACUAGCGUUUGAAAAACCUGAUCAGUUAUUAAACGGCAGAAGUAAAGAAUUCCUUACAAGAGAGAAAUUUUUAGAAACAAUUCAAAAAGUUAUAGAAGGGCGCGCUCCUGGAAAAUACCUUUUACUUGUAGGUGAACGAGGAACCGGAAAAACAAAGUUAAUUUUAAAUGCAAUGCAAAGAAUAAAUCAAUAUGGUGUUAUAUUUGCCGAAGCUCAUUCGGAUUGUGAAAUUUUUAAAGUUAGAUUAGGCAAAGCUCUAAAAUAUACUUAUAGACAAGAUUAUAUUGGACAACUUUUUGCUAUAGAAGCUCCUGAACGAGGUUCUGCUUUACUUGAUAUUGAAAAGGCUUUAAAUGUGAUAGAAGCUGUUGCCAUAAAAUUUCGCAAAAAACAUCGUCGUCCAUUAGUUCUUGUCAUAAAUCAUAUUCAAGCAUUUAAAGAUGAUGAAGAUGGUGAAAACCUGUUAGAAUUAUUACAACAACGUGCUGAAUCCUGGGCAGCUACUAAGAUUGUGACAAUGGUAUUUAACACCAAUGAUUAUUCAAUAUAUGAACGCAUGAAUGCUUAUCAAAUGGAUGUUGUAAUGGUAAGAGACUUAAAACCUGAAGAAGCGAUACGCUUAUUAAAAACAAAAAGACGACAAGAAACUGAAGCCGAAUUGAAAGAAAUUGUUGAACGAAUUGGUGGUCGUCAGUCUUAUCUCGACAAAUUAACCAAAGAACCUGACAUUUAUG